AUGAUUUGUUGUGAACAGGCACUGACGAGGUCGACGAAAGAGCCUCUCUUGGCUUGUACGGGUACCUUAGACAAGGUUACCUUUGAUGUUGGCCAAGACGGGCGAGGAUUGGGUAGCCUGGAGGCCAUCUCCUCGGUAGCAAGAAGCAGCAAGGGCACCAUGAUGCCCGUGGGUAAGAUGGACAGGCGAGAGAUAGAGGCCAAGUACACAUCCAGGUACAAGGACGACAAGGGCGCCGCUGUUUCGAUUGGGGAUGAUGACGGUUUCUGGAGACGGAGACCCAGGUCGAAUUGUCCAUUGAGUUCCAGCGAUAUUGAGGGACUGGCUCCGGAUCGAUGUCUUCCACUUGGAUGGACGUAUGAGACGACGCGAGGUCAUGAUGGGCAACGAACCACGGGACGUACCGUAGCCUAG